GUUCCUUUCCCCUCCCUCUGCAGAGUUCAAUGUAAGAUGGUGGUCAGAGUGCUGCUGCUGUACACACAGAGGCUGAAAGAAUAUACAGGCGUUUUCCCCUUCAAAUCAAAUACCGAAAACAAACGCCGAAAGAUUUCAAGGUGCCUGCUGUCAUACAGCUCAGAAAGAUAAUCAAUCCCCGCCCCACUUGUUCUGUGAAUAUUCCUUGGAGAGGAAUCCCAGCAAAUAGACAGGCCCUCGUGUACAGGCCCCCACACCCGCCGUAAGAACGAAGGACCGCAUCGGUGCCGUUGUCCCUCCCCCACCUCCCUGCCUCUCUCUCCUCCUCCUCACGCUCUCCUCUCCGCCGCUUCUCCCCCGCGGUAGGAUGUCCCGCAGCCCCGAGCUGAAGGAUGACCUCACGGAGUGCCCCCUGUGCAUGGAGCCUCUGGAGAUUGACGACGUCAACUUCUUCCCCUGCACCUGCGGCUACCAGAUCUGCCGCUUCUGCUGGCACCGCAUCCGCACAGACGAGAACGGCCUCUGCCCCGCCUGCAGAAAGCCUUACCCAGAAGACCCGGCGGUGUACAAGCCCCUGUCCCAGGAGGAGCUGCAGCAGAUAAAGAACGAGAAGAAGCAGAAGCAGAACGAGCGCAAACAGAAGAUCACGGAGAACCGCAAGCACUUGGCCAGCGUGCGCGUCGUGCAGCGCAACCUGCUCUUCGUGGUGGGGCUGUCGCAAAGGCUUGCGGACCCUGAGGUUUUAAAGAGGCCAGAGUAUUUUGGGAAGUUUGGGAAGAUUCACAAAGUGGUCAUCAACAACAGCACAUCAUACGCAGGCUCACAGGGUCCCAGUGCCAGUGCAUACGUCACUUAUAUACGCUCAGAAGAUGCCCUUAAAGCUAUACAAAGCGUCAACAAUGUGGUAGUUGAUGGCAGAACUCUUAAGGCUUCUUUAGGUACAACAAAAUACUGCAGUUAUUUUCUGAAGAGCAUGCAGUGUCCAAAACCGGACUGCAUGUAUCUACAUGAGUUGGGGGACGAGGCGGCUAGUUUCACAAAGGAGGAGAUGCAGGCGGGAAAGCAUCAAGAAUACGAACAGAAACUCCUCCAGGAUCUCUUCAAACUGAACCCUCACUUCGUGCAGACCUCAACCAUAGGCAGCGAGAGGACGAAGGGCAAGUCCAGCUCCACACAGAGGCCCAACAGUAACAACAAAGACUCGUGGCCAUCGUUACAACCGACAGGGAAGACAGCCAAUGGGCUGACAGAACACCGCAAAUCCCCGCCCUUGGAUGGCGGCUCAGACUCCGACCACAUGACGCCCGAUGGGCAGGACUCGGACCUGGGCCUGGGCUCCGUCCCCGCCCUCUCGCCCUUCUCCUCGAACUGUGACCCCGCCAGCCCCACCGAUAAAUCUUCAGAAGCCAUCAGCAUAGGAAACGGAGAAACUACACAGCAGAUGCCCUGCAGUGACUCGCCGUCGCCCCCUCCUGGUCUGUGCAAGCCGAGCCUGGUGGCACCCAUGAGUGUGGCCGGGCUGACGGCUCGCUCGCCCUUCGAGGGUGCGGCCACAGAGUCGCAGUCGCUCUUCUCGGACAACAGCAACUUCCGGCACCCCAACCCCGUGCCCAGCAGCCUGCCCGGCUUCCCCAGCUCCCCGCACAGCGGGGGCAGCGAAUGGCCCACCGCCCCCGAACCACAGAGCCUCUUUGCCUCAGACACCAUCCCGGUGUCGUCCUCCACAGACUGGCAGGCGGCGUUCGGCUUCGGCUCGUCCUCCCAGCAGCAGCAGCAGGAUGACGAGUUGGGCUUCGACCCGUUCGACAUCACGCGCAAGGCCUUGGCUGACCUCAUCGAGAAGGAGCUCUCUGUGCAGGACUCCCCGUUGGGUCUGGGGCUCCACCACAGCCCCUUUCACCACCAUCACCACCACCACAACCACCACUACCACCCUGGCCUGCCCUCCGCUCUGCCCCCCGCCCUGCCCCCUGCCUCCCCCUCGUCCUCCUCUAAAGUGGGGCCUUCUGGUGCGUCUCAUUUCCUUCUGAAUUGUGCCCCCCACCAGCCCCUCCCUCAGUCCCCACCACGGUACUCCCAGCUGCUGCUCCAGCAACAGCAACAACAACAACAGCAACAACAACAACAGCAACAACAACAACAACAACAGCAGCAGCAGCGCUCUGUUUACAGCUCCUUCAGCUUUCCCGGUCAGACUGCUACCGUUCCCUCACACCUGGGCUCGGGCCCUGCUGCUGCUACUGCCUCCCGCCUGCCCUGGUUGACCUUUCCCAUGCGCAACAACCCCACGCACUUCAAUCACGCCGCUGCCGGUCCAGCCACGACCACCGCCACCUCCAUUGCCGCUGCCUCUGCCAAUGUGCCUCCCUCCAUGGUCGGCGGCUUCUUGGACUUGAGCUUGCCGUCGCAGCAGCGGCAACACAGCACAGGGCUGGGAGGCAUCGCCAUCUCAGAAAGCAGUGGCCCGGUAGAGAGCAUAAAUGUGAAAGAGUGGCAGGAUGGUCUGCGCGCCCUCCUGCCCAACAUCAACAUCAACUUUGGCGGCCUGCCCAACUCCUCGUCUUCCUCUUCCUCCUCCUCCUCCUCAUCUUCCUCCUCCUCUUCAUCCUCCUCCUCCUCCUCCAUCUGCGUCAACCACACGGGGGCGCCAUCCAGCACCUCAGGCAUCUCGCACAGCCUGAGCUGGGACAGCACAGCCAGCUGGAUGGACCCCGCCAUUAUCACAGGUAUACCGGCAUCCUCGGGCAACAGUCUGGACUCGUUCCAGGACGACAACCCGCCCCACUGGCUCAAGUCACUGCAGGCGCUCACCGAGAUGGACGCUCCCUCCAGCAGUCUGACCGCCGGCCCCCUCCAGCCCCCGCACAGUGUGCCCUUCGCCUUCCCCCUCCACAGACCCGGCUGGGCCCCCUACCCGGCCACGGCCAACCCCCCCACCCAGUUCCACUCACCACCCCCAGGCUUCCAGAGCUCCUUCAGACCCACAGCCCAGACCGCUACAGAUCUGCUACAGAGCGCUGGCAUGGACCGACACUAGGAACUGUGAAACACCGCGCCCCCCCCCCAUCCCAACCCUACAGAGAACACAUACACACUCACACACACACACAACCGAAUCAGUACAGAAAACUAUUAACAAAAGUAAUAAUAACAAGAUUAUAUAUCAUUUUUUUUCUUCCUCCUGGUGUCUCGAGCUCUUCUUUCUUUUUCUUUUCAUCCUUUCUUUCAUCUCUUCUGUCUUUUUGUCGGGGUUUGACUCUUUUGGCCUUAUGCGCUGCCCUCCAGAGUCAAUCAGACCAACAUGUCGAGGUUUGACUCGUUUGGCCUUAUGCGCUGCCCUCCAGAGUCAAUCAGAUCAACCUCUGAUUGCACGGCCACUGGCCUGGCUCUCCGCACCGUCAGCCCAUAGGGGAAAUUAGGUUCAUAUUUUAACCUGCUUAACAUGGCUAAACUGUGUUGUUAAUCAGAAUAGAAUUGAGUAGGACUCAAACUGAUAAAGGUAAAACUGAUUUACGUUUUUGUUUUUUGUUUUUUUAAAUUUAAAUUUAAAGAAGCCAUUAAGGAUGGUGGAGAUAACGGGUUGAGAGCUGAUGGAGAAAGUUUAGAUGGGGAAAGAUGAGCCUGCCUUCAAAGCCACAUGAGAAUCUCUAGAGCUGAUGGAGAAAGUUUAGACGGGAGAAGAUGAGCCUGCCUUGAAAGCCACAUGAGAAUCCCUGUUUGCUUUCUGCCCACCACCCCACAUAGUAGCAGCUACUUCCUGUGGGUCAGACGCUCAGCUUCUUCUGCCUUAAUCAAGUUGAGUUCCGCAGCAAUCACAAUUUUGAUUCUCUGAUGGCAUGGGCACCUGUUUGUUUUAUUGAUAUCAGUUUUAACGGUCUUCAUGUCACUGCAAAAAGGAGAAAAGAAAUUACACAAAAAAAGACAAAAUCAAGAAGUGAAAAAGGAAUUAUGCAGAGGAUUGAGAAAUGCAAAAGCACUUUGAGGGGUUUUGGCAGUUAUACACACGUGUGUACUGCUAACGGGACGAAGAGAUCUCUUUGGUCCUGAAUGUUGUUGUCUUGUCUGAUAGAGAUGAGCCCAAAUGGUAGGCAGGCCUUUUGGAGAGGUUAAACUCCUGUGCCAAGUCCCGUGUGCGGAUUGGGAGGAAGCAUCGCUUCUGGAUGCAUUCCCUCAGCCCCAAGACCCUCCCACUGAAGCGAUACGAUUGGAUGAGAGAGUGUUGUGGAACGCUCCCCUGAACCUCAUUGUGACACCACUAUGGACCUCUGUAUCAGAGGGUAGUGUCUUGCAAGGCCAGGAGGGGGGGGGGGGGGGCAGGGGGGGGUGGGGUGCCUUAAGAUAAAAAGGACCUUGGCAUACAGGGGUUUGUGACUUCUGUUUAUCGUAAGGGGGAGGCGUAGGAUGAAGGUGCACCACUGUGUGGUGCUCAUCAGAACUUGCCCCCGGUGGUGAGGGGGGGGGUUGGCAUGGGCCAAGCACAAGGACACGGAGCACUAAGGAGCUCUUGCCAGGCCGCAGCCUCGUCUCGGGUGUCCCAAAGGACCUGGACUGGAAUAGCAACAGACACCAAGAGAAUGCUAGGUGAAUGUAGUGAAGGGCAGCAGGAAACGUAUAAUAGGAUGGACGACUUGGGGUAUUAGAGGAAAUCGGUUGUUGUAGAUGAACAGAGGACAAAAAAAACGUAACGUAACAGGAAUGGUGUUUGGUAUGGACACUACAAUGAUGAAUGACUUCUCAUUCUCGUGAAAGGUCAGGACAGAGUUAAACACGAUCAUGCUCCCUUUCUCUUUGUGGUCUGUCUGUACGCUGGUAUUCACUAGCGGUCUCAUUAGCCUGGGCAGGCUGUGGUCUUGGAGGCAGUGGCUGCUGAAAUGGCAGAAAAAAAAAAAAAGAAGCAAAACCUGGGCACCCCGACGGAGGAGGGAGGGUGCCAUCUUACCCUCCUCCUCUCCCCUCUCUCCCUCCUCCCUCUCUGUUUCAUCCUCUCAAUUUUCUUUUAAUGACUUAAGAUACUUUCUCUCUGUGUAGGUUUCUGCCAACUGUUCAGUAUUCCACAGUAUUCAAGAGGAAUAAGUCAGUUAAUUUGUCAGACGGAAUCCAGUGCCGUUUAACCAUGGAUUUGACACACAAUGCUAAACAGUACGAAAAAGAUUGAGACGAAGAGCUGGAGGAGUUGUAUCUCGCCACAGGCCUAAAUGAAAAAGAAAAAAACUGAAUCUUAAAUAAAAGAGAAAACACCA